CAACCCUGGCUGGGCUCUUCCACCAUCCAUUUACACGCAGGGAGCGCAGGGAGCGCGCACAGGCCCGUUAUUAGUAUUAUUCCUGGUGUCUCCAUCAUGGCCGACGUUCCAGCGUUGAUUAACAUCUGCGUGUCGUUGAAGAUGGAGCCGAACGACGGCCCGGUGUUCUUUAAAGCGGACGGGUCGCGGUUCGGACAGACGCGAACCAUCAAACUGCUGACGGGCUCCAAAUAUAAGAUCGAGGUGGUGAUCAAACCGGGGAGCGUCGAGCCCGUCACUAUGGGGAUCGGCGGAAAAAGCUUUGAUCUGGAGCAGCAGUCCAAAGAUGAAGAGUCGGCAAAAUACCAUGGGUUUUAUGACACUGAAGGUGUUCCUCACACCAAAAGUGGAGAUAGACAACCUGUCCAGGCCUCCAUACAGUUCAAGGAGGCCGGCGUCUUCGAGACGGUGUGGCAGGUGAAGUACUACAACUACUACAAGCGUGAGCACUGCCAGUUCGGCAACAAGUUCAGCUGCAUCGAGUACGAAGUGAAACCCAACGAGACGCGCAGCCUGAUGUGGAUCAACAAGGAGCUCUUCCAGUAACGGCACGGCGACUCUGCGUGACCCGUAACCGUGGCUGGGCAGUUUGCGUACUCUGUAAUAAUCGAUUCAAGACGACGGGCACGUGUUAGCAUGGCUAGCUCUCUUCAACUUCUGUGAGCUAGCAAAGAGGAAGGAACCUGUGGAAAUCGAUAUGAUUUAUUUUUUGUUGAUUUUGGCCUCUUAUGUGCAUGUUACACAUAUCGUUAUUUGUUUCCUGAACAGUUUUAGACUGGGGGGUUGGGGGGGUUAUGCAGAUUCUUUGAUUAGACAUAUCCAAGUUAGCCAUUAGUGACCAUUAGUGAUCAUACCUAUUAUCAUUGAUAUAAUGUAGAACUUACUUAGAACAAUACUUCGUAAAAUGUACGGCAUUACAGCAGAAAUUGCUUCACAGGUUAAUAGAGGCGAGGGAGGUUUGAUUAUGAAACCCAAAAUGUCUAGCACAUCUCACAAGCACAUCUGGAUACUGAAUUGUGUAUUUAGUUUAUAUAUAUAUAUUUUUUGUUUUAAUCCUCUCGACUCAUCUGGAAUGAGAUUAUUAUUAAAUUUGGCACUUACAGAGCAUGUGAGUCAGAUAUUUACAAGGACUGGACUUUUUUUCCGCCCUCAGUCUGAUCUCUACGGAAGUCCAAAGAGGCCAUGCGUGAAAUGUUUUUUUUCCUUUCUUGUUUUCUCGUGAUCACGAUUUUCUCGACAUAACAAACGUUUUAUCUUGAUUUCGGCACAACGAAAAAAAAGCAAGAAACUAAUAUUGUGAUGCACAUCUCUCAUUGCAGCAUCAGAUUCCUGGUCUUGGCAGGCAUGAAUGGAACCGGUUGUGAUCUUCUACCUUUGUAGUCUACCUGCAUUCAGGUUUUAUCAUGUUGUCUACACAGUUAAUCCUGGUAAUUUCUUGUCACCUUGAACCGGCACCAGCGGAUGUUUUUUGUGUUUUGCACCAUUUUGUGGUGCAUGUGAACAUCCCAGAUUCUAAUUUAUAAAAAGAAUUCUUCAUCUGAUGCUCCAGAUCUUCUAAUUCAGGGGUGUCCAAUCUUUUCCACAAAUAUCUGAUGUGGGUGCAGGUUUUUAUUCCAGCCAAUCAAGAGCCACACCUGAUAGUCCAUUUAAAAUACGGUGUGGCUACCUGUCAAAGGAUUCAACACCUCUGGCAUAAUUACUUGCUGGGCAAAUUGCAUGAAUGAACAAAGGUCCAGGAAUAUCUAAUAUAGUGGCCACUUGGAUUGAUAGCAGAGGGUAAAAACUGCUGUAGGAGGAGGUCUGAUAUGUCUUUCUUCCAUCGUCCAGCCAUUUAAUUAUGUGACACACAUGCUCUGUGAAAGGGUCUAUCUAUCUAUCUAUCUAUCUAUCUAUCUAUCUAUCUAUCUAUCUAUCUAUCUAUCUAUCUAUCUAUCUAUCUAUCUAUCUAUCUAUUUAUAAUGCAGCAAGAAUUUAAAUCAACAACUAAAUCUCAACACCAACAAUGGUAGUGUUAUUGAUCCAAUAUAAUGAGCUGAUUUGCAUAUUAACAUUUGGCUCACAAUAUCAGAAAGUGUCAGAAAGGACAAGAUGGUGUGACAUGACCUACAUCACUCUGACGACGACAAAAGAAAGAAAAGGUUCUUGAUCUUGUACACCGAUACGCCAUACGUUCCCUGCCCCGUUAUGGUUCCUGACCUGGCCGUCAAUGUCAUGCAGUUCCUCUGGUAUUCUCACUGAAAUAAAACAGAGCAGGGCUCAAAAAAUGGUGCUGUCUUAUCAUAUAUCACAUAUUUAUUCCAAACUACUCACUGGUGAAAUAUAUAAUGUUGUAUUGUAUGAAGGAAUAUUUUGCUGUAUUGAUUUUUCGGGUUGUUUAGUUGCGUUUAUGCCAUGUAAGUAAUAGGACCAGUUCAUGUUGUGUUUUCACACUCGAUCACGGCUUUCCAGUAAUCUCAGUUAUUGAGGUAUAUAAGUUUGAAGGUGUUUGGUUGCCAUGGUGAACAUGUUCCUUCAUUACAUGGCAGGCACACUUCAAAUGAUCAUUUAUCUGACAUAAUCAGAUGAUUUAACUCAUGGACACGGUCACAAAAUAACACUAUUGAUCUUUUUUUAACAGGAGGCCAUGAGAAAGAUUUUUUCGGUGAUUAAACAGCCGUGUUACCAUCCACAUCUGGGCAGAGUGUUGUUUAUACCUCCUCAGAAUGUCCUAUUAUUCCAGUUACUGCUUACUGGUUUGAUCAUAUUGGUGUUUGUGUGAUGCUCUGUAUAUCGCUCCAUAUGUAUCUGUUUCAUUUUCUGUUUAAAAAGCAGACAAUGUGGAUUCUUUUGUAAGAUAAAGCACCACAGUGCUUCAAAA